AUGCUUAUUGGAAACAUUGCUUCAUCUCCACUUUCGACACUAACAUCUAUUGAAUAUCUUUCAAUUUCACAUAAUUCCAUUGAAGUCCCAAGCUCAUUCAGAUCUUUUGCUAACCAUUCCAAACUUAGGUUCAUACUUGCUGACGAAAAUUAUGCCAUUUCUGAAACUGAUGAGUUCCAAAGUGUGGUCCCUAAGUUCCAGCUAGAAGUAUUUUCCAUGUCAAAUUGCAUCAACCUUCUAAUGUUGCCAAAAUUCCUUCACUACCAACAUGAUUUGAAGGUUCUUAAGAUCUCUAAAAUCAUUUUGGAGGCAGAAUUUCCCAAUUGGUUGCUGCAUAACAACACAAAACUUCAAGAGAUUUCUAUGAACUCCAAUAAUUUCACAGGAGCCCUUAAGUUUGCAUUGCAUCUUCAUAAUCCUGACCUUCAGAUACUUGAUUUCUCUAACAACAAGUUGAGUGGAGAAAUUCCUUACAAUAUCAGUUUAGCCUUUCCAAAUAUUGUGGCACUAAACCUCUCCUACAACUUGUUUACGGGUCAAAUACCUUCCUCUCUUGGCAACAUGAAAUUUUUAAGGUUUCUUGACUUGUCAAACAAUUCUUUCACUAGGGAAAUUCCAAAGGAGUUGCUGAUUGGCUGUACCUCAUUAAUGGUUCUUCAACUAUCAAAUAAUAAUCUGGAAGGAGAAAUAGUCCAAGAGUUUGCGUACUUAACUCUAUUAUGGCUCUUGCAUCUUGAUGGUAACAAUUUCACAGGCACCAUAUCAGAGAGCCUUUCUAAUAUUCCUUUGGUGUCUUUGGAUAUGAGUGGCAACAAAUUUUCUGGAAAAAUUCCAAGAUGGUUGGGUUAUAUAGAGAGUUUGCAACAACUCACUUUGUCCAAGAAUCACCUUCAAGGUUAUAUCCCUGCAGAGCUUUGUUACCUUCCAGAACUCAGUUUUCUAGACUUGUCAGAGAACAAUUUAACAGGGUCUAUACCAUCUUGCCUCAAUCCAUACAGCAUAAUAUAUGUUGGUCUAAGUAAAAAUCAUUUGGGAGGUCAACUGACGAGUGCCUUUAUGAAUAGCACUACCUUGGCGAUGCUUGAUCUUAGUCAUAAUGAUUUUGUUGGAAGAAUUCCAGAAUGGAUAGGCAGCAUCUCCAAAUUGAGCAUUCUUCUCCUCAAGGGAAAUAAAUUUGAAGGCAAGAUUCCAAUUCAAGUAUGCCAACUUAUGAGACUGAGGGUAUUGGAUUUAUCCAAUAAUCAAUUAAAUGGUAGUAUCCCUAGUUGCCUGGGUAAGAUAAGUCUAGAGGUGACUGAUGAAAGAUCCAUGGUUUUUAAUAACUUAGAGUUCCCACUCUAUACUGGGCCUACAACGACAUAUAUUAUCAGUUCUGGUUCAACAAGUGAAUUCGAGAUUGACUUGCCAGAAAAUGUUGCUCAUCCAGUUGUUGAGUUUACAACAAAGGGAAACUCAUAUGAGUAUGAAGGUAGUAUCCUCAAAUAUAUGUCUGGGAUUGAUCUAUCUGCUAAUAGGUUAAGUGGUGAAAUUCCAUAUGAGUUGGAAAAUUUGACUGAGAUACGUGCAUUGAACUUUUCACGUAACAAUCUCAGUGGCACGGUCCCAAAAGCGUUCUCAAAGUUACAUAAUAUUGAGAGUCUAGAUCUUUCUCACAACAGGUUAGGCGGGAAAAUUCCCGACACAUUGCUUAACCUCAACACCUUGGAGGUAUUUAAUGUUGCAUACAACAACUUAUCAGGUGCAAUACCAGAACCAAAAGCUCAAUUUGCAACAUUCAGUGAAGACAGUUACGUGGGCAAUCCUUAUCUUUGUGGGCCGCCAUUGCACACUAGUUGCAAUAGUGCCAAGUCACCAUCAUCUCCAUUGCCAUAUGACUUGGAAGGUGAGAAUGAAGAAAGUAAUGGUGUAGAUUUAGAGGUUUACUAA